AAGAUGUGGCAAAGUCAAGAUUAUGUGCAAUGCGUGAAAGUGCCUCAUCAUGUGUGUGUAAAGAGAUGCGCGCUUCAGUGAAAUCCAUUCUUUCGGCUCGAGUGUGUUUCAGACUGAAGAGCAACACAUGCACACGCGCUUUCUUCCACCUCUGUGUUUGUCACCCACCCGCACGAGCCCGUCUCCCCCUCCUCAUUUAGCGUGUGAGUAGGAAUGGAUGGCGCACAGGGCCCUCUGAAAGGACAAUAAUAAAGCACAAAGACGCUGAUCCUGAAGACUCGAUGUCCCAGCUGAGAAGCAUAUGUCCAAAUGUCUGGUUUUCUCACAGCCAGUCCCUGAAAUCCAGUCAAUGAAGUCCCUACACACUCUCUCUCCCUGCUCUGAAUGGAGCCACUCUAAUAAGAGUUGAAAUGGAGGAUGAAGAUGGUACUUGUUUAUUUGAUGUUUUGUGUGACCCUCAAGCCCUGAAUGAUUUUCUUCAUGGGACAAACGAGCUGCCAAGUGGAGACUUACUCCUUAAUUCAUCCUCUGGAGAGCCAUCACUCUUCACAGACACUCCAAGUCCUGCAUCUCUGUUAGCAGAUGAUGCAAGUUCUCAGGACACUCCUGUCUCUGGCUGUGUAGAUCUGUCCUUUCUGGAGGAGGCGCUGCUUGCAUCACCGGUAUCAUCUUUAGGAAGUGGAGGUCCAGAAGAGACACAAGACCACUUAGUGGAACAGCUGAAAGAGUCAGAAGAGAUCUGUGACAUUCUCCAGCAGAGUCUCCAAGAGGCAGACAUCACUGAGGACACUCUUGCAUUAGAGGCAGGACUUGCCCAGACAGCAGAGACUCUCCAGCUUGGUUUGUCUGAUGCAUCCCUUCCUUUGCCUACAACACCAUAUUUCUCCAAACCAUUGACCAUGCCUGGCUUAAUCUCUUUACCAAAGGACACACAAACAGCAGUGGAGCCUCCUCAGCCAUCUUUGUUAGCUGUUGGUCCAGGCUGCCCCUCACUCAAGCCUCCAGGAACCCAGUUAAUGAGUCUACUUCCUGGGAAUGUCUUCCCCACACCUCCACUCAAGGCAUCCUUUUCUAUUAAUUCAGCACAAAGGACCAGCAUGAUUACCCAAAAGACCCUGCCAAGCCUCACAAGCUGCCAGAUGUUGGCCUCUACCGUUAAAACAAUUACUCCAUCAGUGGUCAUGUUACAAAAAACUCCUCUACCCAUUCAGCCCAAGUUAGCUGUCAACAUCCAGCCCAGGCUUGUACAGAUCAGUCCCAGGCCAUCAGGACAAAAAGCAUUGCCAGGAUUUGCCUUUAUCUCAGCAAAUACAACACAGAGUGUCUUGCUAUCCCCUUCUGUUGGCUCAAAGCAGUCCUUGCAAGCACAGUCCGCACCAAGUGUUAGCAAACCUGUUAGCUUUAAUUUGGUUGGUCAGGGAGGCCCCAUUGUCAUUCAGCCCCAAGAUCCUUUUCAGGGUCAGAGACAAUUCUUUCUGCCCAGCCAAACACCUGCAACCAUGACCCAGUCUACCAGCAUUUCAAGGUGUCUUCUUAGUACACCAAGCAAUCAGAUGUCUAACAAACCCAACGUUGACAGUUCUCAAAUUGUGACUAUACAGCCAAGACAAAUAAACUUCAGCCCUAUUUUCACCUCUCCAACUGGACAAUUCACCCUCAAACAUGGGGCACUUCUAUCAGGGUCUUUACCGAUUCGGCCAACACCUCCUACAGUCUUCCAGAUGCCAACACAGCUAGCAGGGACCUAUGCACCUCAAGUGCAGGUACAGCAUGAUGCUGUUGUUCAAAACACAGUCAGAAACCAGAUCAGAUUGAUUAAUAAUGUUAAUAUGCUCCUUCCUGACAUGACCACCACACCAAUAGGGAAUGGUGAGUCAGUGAUACAAAGAGCUCUGGUAGGGAGACCUGAGGGGAAGGUGAGUCUUACACAGAAUUCAGUGCUUCUCUCGCCUGAGAAAACAUCAGAAGAUGAGGAGAAAGUCAACGAAUUGCUUCAAGAGAGCAGAUUGCCUCCUCAAGCUUCAGUGGAAGCACCUAUUGUGGAGAUUCACUUUCAUCCCUCUCCAGUAUCAACUCUACUACAGUCAAAACCAGAUGUUAGUUGUACCCCAGAGCCAGUUCUGUCAUUACCCCCACAACUGAUCACCCAAACAGAAGAGCAACAAUUUACUGAAGGAGAGCAUAAUCCAUUGUAUCACAAUCAGGGAUCAAUACAUCUUCCUCAACAGGAUCCACUUAAACCGUCAGCCACCCAAGAGACCUUAGCUACAACUCUGCUUGUGCAAAUGGACAACAUCUCUACUGCCACAGGUGAAACUGAGGAUUCACUUACACCUUUGACUGCAUCUGACACCUUUUCUGCAUCAUGUGAGAGUAAAGAGAUUCCUUUGGCAGUGUACCAUGCCUCAGAGCACAGUGACAUUCUACUGCAAUCUCCUACUGUAAAGACCACAAGCACAGACUCCAUGAUAGGCUCAACACCCCCAGCCUCAGAUGAGCUGGAUUCCUUCAUGUCGAUUGCUCUUUGUGCUGAACCCAAGUGCCAGGAGGGACCUGUAAAAAAGACCAACAGUGGAAUAAUCUCUUUGGACCAGCAUGACUUACGGGAGAUGGUAUACCUGCAUUCCCAGGACAAAGAGACCUACUCAGCACUUCAGAAGAAGGUCAAGUAUUCUUUUAUUAAUAUGCAUUUUGUGUCACAGACACCAAUUGAAUGCAGUGCGAAGGAGGAGAAACUGACACUAGCAAAGAGGCAACACAUGGUCAAACAGCAGCUAUUUUUGGACCACAGUGCUGUUCUCAGUCCAAACACUUUGGCUCCAUUUGUUUCAGUGGAGGAUGCUGUCAGACAUUUGCUGCCCUACCAUACUUUUGCUAGAGCUCUACCCAGCCAGACUGACUUUAUCUCAGUGGACAAGCAGUUUGAGUGUUUUUCAGUUGUUCUGUUGAAACGAACCAAAGACAUGCUAAACAAGUACAGGCAACUACUCCUGGCUGAAUCUGAGCAGGACAGCCCAUCGGCAGAGAUGGUGAUGCUAGAGCGUUUGUUUCUGCAGUCAGAGAGACUUUCGCUGGGGGAGGAUAAACGACGAGCCAGAAGAGAUCCAGCAGAGUCCUUCCUGAUGUCAAGGCCUAAGAACUCAUCGCAGCACAGUCAAGUGUUAUCUGUCCAGACUGGUCUUUCCGGUUGUCCUCCAUCUCCACCAUCGUGGACCUUGCAAUCUGACAGACCUCCUGGCCUCAAGACAUAUCGCUCCAGCAGCAGAGGAGCACUACGCCUCACUAUCAAACAUGAGUCAGGAUCCCGUAAAGUCAUCCACAACUCUGCAUGUGAUGCCUCGAACGCCAUCUCUGGGUAUAAACGAAACUACAGCGGGCAGUUAACUAGGGGAGGCACCAUGCAGGGGAAAGAUGAAUCCCUCAAGCCUCCUUUCUCAAAUGUCGAAGAGAACAAAAAUGAUCUAAACAAGCUGAAAUUACACCCUGACAUGGAAACAAUUAGGACAGGUAGCGAUUCACAGAACCACUCUGAAUCUGUGGCCAUAGCAGAUUAUGUAGCUUCAAGGGUGCAAGGCUUACUUCCAGAGCAGUGCACUCCAGUGCUUAAAAGGAACAGGCUGGUUGCUUCGGCAGCAGAGUCUCCAAGUUUGCCUACACUAGUAGAGGAAGGGGAACUGAGUGAACACCUGCAAAGUGCUAUAGACAGCAUCCUGGAGCUGCAAAGGUUGCAGGGUUCUGCAAUAGGGGUUAAACCCAAGAUUCAACAGCCUCAUGCACUGGAUCAGGCAAUUAGCAGCAUGCUAGAAGGACAACUAUAAGAGGGAGAGGAAAGAAGCGGAAGAUGAACAGAAAAGCUUCAGGAUUUACCAAUCAUUUGCUAGAAACAUAGCGAUAG